AUGGCCUCAGGCCAUAUUGAUGUGGUGAGGAAUUUUAUGUGUCCUUAUUUGAUAUUUUCUCACCUCGACCGACAGGAUCCUGGUUACGACAGCCUAGAAGACUCGGAUUGGCAGUCAUACCAGGCAUUGAAGCCAGAGGACUACUGGAGUCCAUCCAAUGACCAGCAAUUCGAGGCCUAUGAGACCGGCGACGUCGCAGAUAUGUACCCAUCUGCCAUUGUCCGCGGCGUGGAUCUGUUUCCACCCCCUGUUACCUGGGUACCCACGAAUUGUAUUUUCGAGGUUGACGACCUCCUUCAGGAAUGGACAUGGCACAGGCAGUUCGACUUUGUAUAUUUGCGCCAUAUGCUCGGAUCUUUCGACAAUCAAGGAUGGGCUACGUUGUACCAGCAGUGCUAUGACAACCUUGAGCCUGGCGGCUGGAUCGAACAAAUGGAAUUCGAUAUUCGAGUGAAGAGUGAUGACGAUACACUACAAGAGGAUAGCGUCCUGGCUAAUUGGGGUGAGACCUUCAUCGGGUGUGCUGAGCGAGCUGGCCGCCCCUUGACAAUUCAGGAAACGAUGCGAGCCAGUAUCGAGAAAGCCGGGUUUGUUGAUGUCCACGAGCAUAUUUACAAGGUACCUAUUGGAGCUUGGCCUAGGGAUAAGGUGCUCAAGGAGGUUGGCAAGCUCAACUACCACCACUGGGUCACUGGCAUGGAAGGCUAUGCAAUGUGGUUGCUCACUACUUUCGGAGCACCUUCUCCAUGGAGCCCGGAGGCGGUACAAGUGUAUCUGGCUGAAGUCCGGGCGCAGUUAAAGGAUUCCCACAUUCAUGGCUAUGAAUAUGCGCGCCGGGUUUGGGGCAGGAAGCCUAGAGAUGCCGAAAAGAAGAGCAAUUCGACCACGCGCGAAGUAACACGCCGUGAGACCAGAUCUUGA